CCGGACCUUCGAUUUUCGAGCCCGGUUCGUUUCCACCACAAUCUUACGUCGAGUCUCGAGUGAAACGCACGUCUCUGCUCCAUAUCGUUAUUUGAUUGUUGAAAUUUGUUUGUUGUGUUGUCAAUCUGUGCGAUAUAAACAUGUGUGAGAAAAGGAUGAGGAAGAUUAAGAGAGCAGGAUCCAAUAUAACACGCCUUCGGGAAGCCAGGCGCGUCCAAAGGCUCCAGACGAUGGCAACUCCGACUCCGGUGGAGGUGCCCCAAACGGUUCCGUGCCCGAAGCCCGCGGUCGACAAAAUAGCACAAAACCGGGUCAUCAUCGAGCUAGCAUGGAAAACCAUAGCGCUCAUGCACAAAAACAGAAUAAUCCAGCAGAAGAUCAUCGCGCUACAGAAGGAAACGUCAGAAUUCGUCGCCUCCGUGAUGAGUAGCCCCGAGAACCAUAGACGGUACGUUGAACACAUCCGUCUUCACCGGCCCAAUACUAACGAGAUUCCAAUAAAAAUGGAACCCAACAUCUAAAUCCCAGUGAUAUUCUAACGAGUGACAAGUUACAUCAUAAUUUAUGUUUCUACAUUCUGCUUCGAGGGCAAGAGAGUAAGAAGUAUGUAGGACGUUGUUAACAGCGCUGACUAAAACAUUGGUUACUAGUGAGUCCGAGGUUAAUAGCAGAUCCGAAGCAUGCAUUGGACGUUACAAUUUACAUUAUUUCAUAUUGGGUACAUUAUAUUUCGAAAAGAAAAUAGAUAACAAAAAAAUAAUUGUGUAAAAAAUUCUUGACUUGGCUGGUUCACUACCGUGCGGCCGUGACCCAAAUUUUGUUACUUACUCCAAAGUCAGUUUAAAUUGUAAGUAGUCGUUGUUUAUCCUAAUAAUAUUGUAACUUUUUUAUUGUUCAUUUAUUUUGUUUGUGGAAAUAGGUAGGUAUGCUUGUGCGAAAUAAAUAUAAUGCUGUGUCUUAUUUCAAAAGUUGUGGUUAUCCUAGAUUUAAUUACUAACUUUUAAGGUUGUUAAAAGGAGGCUGUUAUUUAUGUAGAACUUUGAAAAAUCCCGUGUCAGGAAAUUUGUAAUUUUAAAAACAUGUUUAUGAUUGGUAGAUAAUAAAUAAUAAUGCAAUCAGUUAAUUGACGUUAUGAAAAUAUUUCGCGUGAUCGAUGACACUUUGGUUUUUCUGUUUUGGUCAUUAGGCCAAUAAAAAAUGACAUAAUAAUAUGUCAUUAGUCAUUACUCAUUACGUACUCAUGUGACAUGAACUAUUUUCCAACGCAUGUGACUUGAUUGAGAGUAGAAUUUUUGUAAUGGUAUUGUCAUCGUUAACAAAUUUGAGGUUUACUGAUGGUUUUGUAGCCGGUUUUUGAGUUUUUUUUACAGGAAUUUAUCUAUUGAGUGAUUUUGGAUAGCUAACGUCAAAAUAUUAACGCUAUUAAAUAGAUAAACUCAUGUUAGGAACCUCUAAAAAACCGGUGAUUAGUAGAACAUUUCCUCUGAGAUGAACGAGUCGACCACAAGAGAAUAAUCGGGAGACUGAUUUAUACUAACGAUGAUAUUUACCACGUAAUUAGUAAAAUUUUGGUUGUGAUAUUACCUAUAAAUCGUAAAUCCUGACGUAAGUCAAAACAAACAAUUAUUGUUUCGUAUGAAAAAGUCACUUUCAAAAAAGUUGGACUUGAAAAGAGACUUGGCUGGAUCGCUACUGGGGCACGAAUUAAAUCAAUGUUAAUAAUAUUAUUGUCAUUGGUUUGUUUUUUCCUGUGUUUAAAAAACAGCAGCACUGAUUUUUAACUUAUAAUCUAAUUUUAAAAAUAUGUAUAAUACUCCUUAGUCUGUAAUUAAAUUUGAGGCGAAGAUUUUGUUAUGAUAUGUUGGCCACAGCCCACACCAUUGCCAAUUAAAUUAUUUUCUAACACCCUUACUAAUAAAAAUAUUUAGAUACGUAACCAUAAAAGUUAUACUUGUCCUUGUCUGGCACAUUGGAAAAGUCAGGAGACGGGCAGGGACAGUUAACCUUGAAUAGUUGCGUAAAUUUUUAUCAGAAAGGGCGUAAAAUACGUAGCUUAGCUAAAUGUUACGUCAAAUACUUCAACAAGUAGGCUUAGUUAGAUUUGAUAGUGGCAUUUAGUUCUUACAUAGGAAGCACAGAUCUGCCAAACACUGUGUUCAUUUAAGUACCGAUUUUUCCUAAGUGUCUAGUUAUAAUAUUACGUUUUCACUAUAUCCUACCAAACUUUACAACAUUAAACUAUAACACGACAUUUCAUUUUAAGCUUAAAGCACGACAAUUUAUAAAAAAAAUAUUAUGUACAUAUCUUUUUUUAAAUUCAAACCAUAAUAUUUUACAAAAUUUUUCUAAAUUAAAGAACUUAUAAAGACUUCAGUGAUCUCAUAAUAUAAUAUUAUUAUAUUUUCGCAUUAUUUAUGCCCAAUAAACAGUUAUUGUAAAUAAAAAAUGGUAAGCUUUUUACGGGUAUUUUUUUAAAAUUCAGGAAAUAUUUUAUAUUAAAUACAGAUUACUUGCAACUUGGCUGGGGCUCUGUCGUGCCCCCAGAUAAGUGUAAUAAUUAUUUUCAUAAGCAUUUGUGACACAGACUUAGAUCAAGAUAUAGAUACCGCAUAUAUUGUAUGUACUUCACGUGCUAUAUCGCGUUCCCAAACGAUGAGCAAUGCUCA